AUGUCAUCCUCCUCGGCGUCGUCGUCAACACCGCAAACGGGGGCCGCCGACGCCGGCCCCUGGGACAGCAAGACGAAGCAAAAGUUUGAAACGAAGUCGAAGAGCGAGUUUUACGACCCGUGCCAAGAGGCUGCACAGCGGAGCUACAAGUGCUUGUACCGCAACGGCGGGGACAAGAGCAUGUGCGGCGAGUACUUUCAGGCGUACCGCGACUGCAAGCAAGCUUGGACUGAGCGGAGGAAGAAGGAGACUGGCGGCAAGUUCUUCUGA